CAGUUUCACCUUUAUAGCACCUCAAGAACCUGUGGUGAGGAGUUUUUCCUUGAUUUGUUUACAAUACUCAUACAACUGUGGUUCAAACAUUCCACAACACUGAUAAAAAUAUGGCACCUGAUAAAAAGAUCUAAAUUUCAAUCUAAAUUUCAGAGUGAAAAUAAACAAAAGUAAAAAAUGCUCCAUAAUAAAAUUCUAAGCUUUCCUUCAACAAUAGUUUGAUCGUAUUACCAUCUAUUAUUAAUUUUCAGGAUUAUCACAAUAAACAUGACAGACACAGAAGCUGAACCUCCUAAUGAAUCUGGAAUCAGAAAAUUCAUACGAGGAAUCCUACCUCACUGGCCUCGUUCAUCAUCACAAGGUGGCAACACACCUAUACAUCACGAAUCUGCCUAUACAGGAAAUGAUGAGACAAACUCAGCGACAAACCAUGAUCUUAAGAGAAAAUCAUCACAGCUGAGAAAUGGUGAUGACUCUGACGACUCUGAUUAUGAAGAGAAUCUUCCAUCAUAUAAACGACAACGUGUUACAGUGUCUGCUAUGAGGCGUCUAUUUGCAAAAUUUACUUUAAGUGACAAGGAUCCUAAAGAGACAGCAACAUCUAUGACGACCACAUAUAGUCAAACUAUUCAAUCCCUCUCUAAGGGUGAGAAAAAUCCUAACCUAACCAUUCCAAAUAAUUCAUCUGAAUAUGAGUUACCUGCACUUCAUCCUCCUUUACCAGAGGAAGAGUUAAGCAACAAGACGUCAAGUAACAGCAACAACAAUGAAGACAGCACUCCAAACAUGAACAAAUGCUCAAAUAAUGCUACAGCAAAACGUGAUACAAUUUCAGAUACAACUGCACAAUCUUCAACUGGGAAACGACAGAAAAUCAAACAUCCCUCUGAAAAGUCAGGACACCAAGACACACAAUUAUCAAACAAGCUAAACAAACCAGAAAAUACAAACAAGCGGCAUGUAGACAUAAGCGACAGUGAAGAUGACGAGAACAAGCAAAGUGGGAAUAAAGUGAAAAGAACCAGAAGACUAAGAAGAGGGCUUAGAUUGUGUACAAAUAUUACUUGCUAUAUAGAACAAGUUAUAUAUAAUUAGCAGGAAAACUAAUGUUUUCUACUAUACUGUAAUAGUAUACUUCACAUAGAGAUUUCAUGUUGCUGCAUCACUGUACUGAACACUUCAAGACCUACCAGUGAAAGUGAAAAAAACUGGCUCUGUUGCAACCUGGAGCUAAUCAAUAUAAAUUAAACUCUGAACCAACAUGCAAUCUAGGAGCUUCCAGGACUGUGAAUUACAGUAAACUGUUAAGAUCAAGAUAGCAACGAAGGAAAUACUAGCAAUAUAAAUGUCAUGUAAACAAUAUAUUGUUGCUGUAUUUUCCUUGAAAUAAGAUAUAUACAUAUAGAGAAAAAGAAUUUUACUAUAAUGAAGAAUGUUUUUAACCCUCUUACGCCGACUGGACGUAUUAUACGUCGACAUUUUUUGUCUCCCGUGUGUCGACUGGACGUAUUUUACGUCGACUUACAAAAGUUUUUUUUUAAAUUCACGGAAAAAUACUUAUAGCGCUACCAACCUAAAACUUUUGAAUCACGCGCCUUGGGGGAUGCUGGGAGUUCACGGAUCAAGGUGUUGUUUUGUUUACAAUCAUUACGCAGGCGCGCAAGCGCGAAUUUCUUUCUUGCCGCACUAAAAAGUAUCUGUGACACAUCUCGGAAAUUAUUUCGUCACUUUGACAUAAUUUUUGUACCAUUUUAAAUUAGCCGUUACAUGAAGUAUUAUAUAUGAAAAUGUGCGCAUUUUUAUGUAGAAUACAACAAUAAAAUACUCAUGAUUGUAGCUUUUAUCAGUUUUGAGAUAUUUUCAUAUAAAUAACAAUAAUUGCCAAAAUUUCAACCUUUGGUCAACUUUGACUCUACCGAAAUGGUCGAAAAACGCAAUUGUAAGCUAAAACUCUUAUAUUUUAGUAAUAUUCAAUCAUUUACCUUAAUUUUGCAACUAAUUGGAAGUCUCUAGCACAAUAUUUUGAUUUAUGGUGAAUUUAUGAAAAACUUUUUCCUUACGUCCGCGCGGUAACUCUUCCGAAAAAAAUCAUACAUGCGAUUGUGGUAAUGUUUGCACCAUUUUAAAAUUAGCCGUUAUAUAAAGUUUUAUAUAUGGAAAUGUGCGCAAUUUUAUGCACAAUACAACUAAAAACAACCCAUGGUUGUAGCUUUUAUCAGUUUUGAGAUAUUUUCAUAUAAAUAACGAUAAUUGCCAAAAUUUCAACCUUCGGUCAACUUUGACUCUACCGAAAUGGUCGAAAAACGCAAUUGUAAGCUAAAACGCUUAUAUUCUAGUAAUAUUCAAGCAUUUACCUUCAUUUUGUAACAAAUUGGAAGUCUCUAGCACAAUAUUUCAAUUUAUGGUGAAUUUAUGAAAAAAAUAACAUUUUCUUUACGUCCGCGCGGUAACUAUUCCGAAAAAAUCAUACGUGCGAUUGUGGUAAUGUUUGCACCAUUUUAAAUUAGCCGUUACAUAAAGUUUUAUAUAUGAAAAUGUGCGAAAUUUCAUGUAGAAUACAACAAAAAAUAAUUGAAGGUUGUAGCUUUUCUCAUUUUUGAAAUAUUUGCAUAUAAAUCACGAUAAAUAGAAAAAACCACGUUCGGUCAACUUUGACUCUACCGAAAUGGUCGAAAAACGCAAUUGUAAGCUAAAACUCUUACAGUCUAGUAAUAUUCAGUCAUUUAUCUUCAUCUUGAAACAAAUUCAAAGUCUCUAGCAAAAUAUUUAGAUUUAUGGUGAAUUUAAAAAAAAAUCUUUCCUUCCCUCCGUGCGCGGAUUCUCCGCCACAAAUCUCCGAAAUGCGUACGUCCCAUUCUCGGAAUAUUUGCUCCGUUUCAUAUUAGGGAUUUCAUAGAGUUUUAUAUAUGAAAAUGUGCGCAAUUGCAUGUAGAAUAAAACGAAAAAUAUUUGAAAGUUGUAGCUUUUCUUAUUUCCAAAAUAAUUGCAUAUAAAAAAUAUAUAUAUAAAAAAAUUUGACAUUCGGUCAACUUUAACUCGUCAGAUAUGGUCGAAAACUGCAAUUGUAAGCUAAUACUCUUACAGUAUAGUAAUAUUCAAUCAUUUGUCUUUAUUUUGAAAGAAAUUGGAAGUCUCUAGGACAAUAUUUAGAUUUAUGGUGAAUUUUUGAAAAAAAUAUUUGUUUACAUCCGCGCGUUACGAAUUCAUGCAUUAUUUUGUGAUAAUAUUUUCUCUGUGUUGCUUUUAUCGUUUUACAAUGUGUUAUAUACCAAAAUGAUUGCAAUUUAGUGUACAUUAAAACGAAAAAAAAUAACUUGUUACCUUUAACCGUUUUGCGCGAUUUGAAUACAAUUAUAUAUGAAAUUUCGUUUUUGCGCUAUCAUAUAUCGCAUUAUUUAUAUAUGAUAUUGAUAAAUUUUUUCAUUUCUGAUGGUUGCAUACUACACUUCAGCCAAUGACAAAAAAAGGAGCCAAAAUUGAACUCUUAAUCUUGAAAACUAAGCGCGCUGUGAUUUUUUGAAAAAAAUAUUUUUUCCGCUUCCGCGCUCACUCUGAAACACCUCCGGCACACGGGAGACAAUUUUUUUUUUACCGCUUCGGCGUAAGAGGGUUAACUAAAUGUUUAUAUUGUGUGUUUCUUUUUGUGAAUCAUAUGACUAUCAGUGAAAUUAUAACUUCAGCAAAAUCAUACGACUUCAGAGAAUACUGAUCAGUUGGUGUUUUUACAAAAGAUAUUGCAUCUUUUAUAAAUUAUCAGUUGGUGUUAUUACAAAAGAAAAUGUAUAAUCAGUUGAUGUUUUUACAAAAAAUAAUGUAUGUUUUAUAAAUUAAGUGGUAUAUACUACGAGAUUCCGAGCCUUUGUCCCAGUGUUUUUCAAGUAUAACUUUUUUUUGCGCAUUUGACAAAAGAUAUUGCUUAGCCACAGUAUACUUUACAUCCCUUCCUAAUUUUCAGCAGCAUUCUUUAUUACAGUGGACCCACUGUAUUCAUGUUCUCCAGAUUCACAGACUCACGCAUUUGCGAAUUUCUCUCUGGAACAUUUCCCCCCAUCUUCGCAGAAAAUUCACCUAUUCACUGUACUUUUAUACAAGAAAUAUCCACAAAUUCCUGUUUUUUUUAUCAAUUUCAUCAUAAAAUGCACUUCCUGAGAUAAAACUAUUAAAACAAAACCAUGUAUGAAAAUUUUUAGUGGGUUUCUCUUGAUUUUAACUAACAAAAUAGGAGGCUUUAUAUAUUUUUAUAGGGGUUCCAACUAUUCGCGGGGUGGUCCGGUAUGCAUCCCCCACGGAUACGGGGAACCAUGUACGUACUUAUAUUUGAAAAAAGUACAUUCAUAUGCAUAAAAUAAAGUAGCUGAAGCCAGUGGCGGAAAAAAGUAUAAUCAUAAGAGUAAAAUAAAGUAGCCAAAGCCAGUGACAGAACACUCUAAUGUAUGGGUUCAAAUUUAUACGUGACACAAUCAUAUGACAUCCCGACUCCUCUCACAAGGUGAUGUCAACAAACAGCUGUCUCUGAAAUACUGAAUGAAUAUUCGUACCUUGUUAAGGCUUCAAGAAUGGCGGCUAUGAUAAGUCAUUGUCCCCGUGGUUGCAGGACAGCUUUUGUGAUUCGACUUGCAAAAUCGUUUAGAAGUGAGGAGGCCCAUGGCAAACCACACGUAAGCUUGAACAGGUAAAUGAAUAAUAAGGGCCCUUUUCUGGGUAAGAAGUACAAUCAGACGUCCAAGAAUACCAAGUUUUCGUCAUUUGUUGACUUCCAUAAGGUGCAGAAAGAUAAUAUGCUCCAUAAAGCAAUAGUUGUUCAUUUCUUAGUAAAAUAUAACUUGCGGAACAACAUUAAAACUUGCUUUGCCAAAAUAAAAAAAAAUGUCAUGUCAUCACUGAAUGACCUCUAUAGGUUCCAGUGCUUGGCUUGAAGUCUAAAUUCUAUAAUCCAAUCUAAUCCUAUGCAGUUGUCUGUUUAUUAAAAUGAUCGUCACUGUCAUAUUAGGAAAAAUAUCAGUUACAACGAAUGCCAAAGUUUUCUUCACUUUAAUUGAUUUUUAAUUAUAUAAUUUUUUAAUGGAUAAAUAGUGAUAGAAAGUAAUUUCUCAGAUUACGUGUGGAAACCCUUUUUUUCAAGGAUUCUAGCGCUCGACCUCAUGGCAUAAAUCCUAUAUAAUACUACUACUACCACCACUACUACAAAGUGUAAACAAGGAAUAUUGGUUGUAUUUAAUUGUUGCCACUUACCCAUUGAGGAGGAGGCAAGUUAAUGAUGUCACAAGUUACGUCAUUAUAUCUUUGAAAGACAUUCCUUUUGAGUUUGCUGGCAAUGCCUACAAGAAGUCGGUGUUACUCUUAUAAUUACCAGAAUUAUGCAACUUUCGUAAUAAAGAAUACAUUCAAAAAUUAGGUAGGGAUGUAAGAUACCCUGUGACAAAGUGCCAUCUUUGUCAGGUAUGUUGAUAAAAUUUUAUUCCAGAAAAACAAUGGGACACCAGCUGUGAAUCUCAUAGUAACUUACUUUAUGUUAGAGAUAAAUAUACAGAAUUUCACACAAAUGCUUCUUCUCUAUGAUUUAACUUGAAAGCCUCCCAUUUAGCUUUGAAUCAAAACCAAAGUAUAAGUACAAUAAAACAUCAUACCUACUGUAGAGCACUGUUUUAAAACUUACAAAAAACCCUAACAUUUAUAAUAUUUAAGAAUAUAUUUUCAUAUCCUAAAAUAAAAGCUCGUAAGAAAGGACUUUGGUAAAACACUUCUAAAAUAUUCUGUAUUAAUAAAACCAGUAGAGAAAAUUUUACUGUAACUCAAUUUCUUGUUCCUUUCUGUAAUUAUAAAAUAGAAUGCAGUUAUUCAACAUCCCUCUAAGUAAAAUGACAUAGCUGGCAAUUUUUAUCAUAAUGUUUAGUCAAUAAGGAAAAGGUAUCAUGAAUAUAGUAGUACAUAUAUAACAGCAAUUUCUAUUUAUAUAGAGUUUGGAGCUGGCAGAGGAAGAAGAAGGUAAACUAUGGAUAUGAUAGUAGUGGGCCCACUAUAAUUCCAAGUUUAUACUAUAAUUAUCUAAUUUCUUUUUAUUUAAGCCAUCACCACUAAUUGCAUUGUCUCUCAUUGGUUAUCACUAAAUUCCCACCACAUCUGCUUUAUCCUUUAUUUUCUAAUGACAUUUGCCUUCUUAUAAUGUGUAGAUCACUUCAGACCCUUAGGUAUGGAAAAUUAAACACAUCUACUAACUGUUGGUGCCGUACUCACUAUUCAAAGUAAAGCAACAGCAUUAUUUGGUCUAUUUCCCUUGUGACUGACUAAAUUCUGAUUUGUCUGGUAUCUUACUAGUUAGGUCAAAUCCAAAAAAGGGAUUAGUCUUAUAAUUUGUUUCCCACAGAUUGCCAAUUUAUAUUGUGCAGAUCACUUUAAAGCCUUUGGGAAGGUGAAUCAAAUACAACUAUUUCGCUGGGGAAGGGGGUGAAGUAUAACCAUAAGAUAUGGAUGCAGUUCCCACUUUGAUCCCAAGUAGUAUAUGCAGUAACACCCUAUUUCCUUUCCUUAUAUGUUUUUCAGACCCAUGGAUUACAGGUACUGUAUAUUUCCACGUAUAAGACGACCUUUAAAUCCUAAAAUUCUCCCCUAAAAAUUGGGGGUCGUCUUAUACUGUAAUAUUAAAGAUCAAACCUUGUAUUCCAAGACGCAUAUCUGUAGGCUAGCCUUGGCCUCGGUGCUGUAGCCUAACCAUCAACAUACAUAAAGAUACACUUUGUGAAAUAAAAUGAUAGUAAAGGUAAUAACACCAUUUUACCAUAUAUAUUAUUGGCAUAUCUUCAUAAAAAAUAGCCUAAUUGAGAAAUAAUUCAAAAUCAAUGAAAGAAACUUUUAUGUACUGUAUAUGAUCCCAGGUGAGAAAAUGUAAACAUCAGGUUGCGGUUGCGCUGACAGCAACCUUUAUAUUUCGGAAACCUUUAAGAAAUUUCAAUGGUAGUGUAAUUACAGUAGUAAUAACAUUUAUGAUAACAUAAUAUUCAUUUUUCAUUAAAGGUUUCUCAUAUAUAUAUCACAAGAUUGAUCACAUGUACCACCAUCUUAGGGAUUCCAGUCUGGUUCUGGUGAGUCGACUUCGGCUUCGUCAUCGAUAUCAAAAUCGUCUUCGGUACUGUUCAUAGCAUUUUUAAAAUGAUUUUAUGACACUAUAUUUUCACGUUCUCCCUGUGCUUUUAUGACAAACACAACGAACAUCAAGUGAGGCAGCAUGCAAAGCUGUUUAUAAUUUAAAAUUGUAACUGAUUUGAACAAUUCAGGUAUUUGAACAAUGAUUGUGAACGAUAAUUAUCGUUCAUUAUUGUAUUAUUAUUAUUAGCUGUUGUUUGAGAAUGACAACAAAAUGUAAACAAAAUAAUGGUUUCCCUUUUAGGCGACCGUCUGUAUGAU